AUGAUGUUGCUCUCCGCGUUACUAGGGCCUGCAAAAGCACCUGUUGCUACAGCAGAGGCAGUACAGAGUGCCGGAGGAAUAUAUAAUAUCGUGGCUGCGGCAGAGAUCUCUGAGGACGCAGCGAAGACGGCGGAGCUGGUCGCUGUCGCCAUUACGGCCGCGUCCACGGACGCUGAGGGCAAGUUCAGUGAUGCACAACCCCAGAUGAUACCCCUGGAGCCUACCCAGCGCUGCCUGGUCUGUCUCUCGGACUUUGAGCGAGCCGACGUUGCGCGAAAGUUGGCCACAUGCCAUCAUCUUUUCCACCGAGAAUGUAUCGAUCAGUGGCUGACCACUGGCCGGAAUUCAUGCCCGUUGUGCCGAACGCAGGGCGUUGGAGAAGUUGAGGAGGAAAAA